CCGUUGACGCCAGUGUAGUUGUGAGUAGUGUACUGUUAACAGUUCUCGUGUGUCACUGUUGACGCCAGUGUAGUUGUCAGUAGUGUACUGUUAACAGUUCUCGUGUGUGUGAAGUGUCUUGCUUUUGGUUUUACCAGGAUGUAUUGAUAUUAUCUGUUGUGAACAGUGUUCAUGGUGUCCCGGAGGUACUGACCAUUGAGUGACCACAAGGCCUUGACCUGUGUGUGACACUUGGCCACAUUCACAGUGCGUCCUGGUGUGAUGUGAUACGUGAUUAAAGACAAACUUUCCUCAACAACUCUUCAGCCUACAGCUUUUGGUCAACCAGCGAGCGUUAAGCUUUUGUUAAAGCAAGCAGCAAAAAGCGCUCGGUUAAAGAGGGAGUUUAGAGCUGGUGGCACUUCAGACAUCCUCAGGUUAUCAUCGUCUACCAAAAAGAGUGAAGAACAUUGCUAGGAGCAAGAGCAGAAUCUGAUGAGUACAGCAGCUGUUGCAAGACCAGGCGACAGAGCAGUGCCUGAGAACAGCAACAGCAACACAGGAAUAAGCUGCACAUCCAUAAGUACUCUAUAGCAGCAGCAGUUGUGGCCGGAGCCAAAGAUGAGUCAACACCACCACAAUGGCCACCGGAAACAACACAACAAGAAAGUCAGGAUUAACAGUGCAAGGAAGAGGCAGAGUUUGGUGACGACUUCUGCAGUGUUGCGGCUGUUUAUUGUGAUGGCUGCUACGGUGUCUCUUGUCCACACCCUGCCUGUCCCGGCCCCUGCUGACACCCUGCCUCUCCAGGCCCCUGAUGAUACUCUGUCUCUCCAGACCCCUGCUGAUAUCCUGCCUCCCCCGGCCUCUGCUGACUCCCUGCCUCUCCCGGCCCCUGCUGACACCCUGCCUCUCCAGGCCCCUUCUGACACCGUGCUUGUUAGUAUGGUGCCUGAUGGCACAGUACCUGCUGACAUGGUGACUGUUGACAUGGAGUUAGUUGACAUGAUUCCUACUAACACUCUGCCUGUUGGCACGGUGCUUGCUGAUAUCCUGCCGGUUGAAACGUUGUCUGCUGGCACUCUGCCUGCUGACAUGGUACCUGCUGAUCCAUCAUCUGGUGACUCAUCGCCUGCUGAUCCAUCAUCUGGUGACUCAUCGCCUGCUGAUCCAUCAUCUGGUGACUCAUCGCCUGCUGAUCCAUCAUCUGCUGAUCCAUCAUCUGCUGAUCCAUCACAUGCUGACCUGACAACUGCCUACCUGUUUACAUCUACUCUGUCCUCAACUUAUCCAACUCGUCAAGGUGCAUGCGCUGAGGAUGAAUUCAGGUGCUUGAAUGGUUCUAGAUGCCUACCCAUGACGUGGCAAUGUGAUAACGUCCAUCAAUGCGAUGAUAACUCCGACGAACUUUCUUGUGUUAAGUCGGGAUGUGUGUUGCACUCGAAAGACUUCACUCAAAUAUCAACAUUUAUUUUAUACCUAAUAUUUCAUAAUUAAUACUUCUAAAUGUUCUUGGCUUGAAAUAGGAGCGGCCAGUACGCUCAUUCACUGAUCCAUAGGUAACUUGACAAAUGAUUUGUUAUUGUUACAAUAAAGGAAAUGUUAAGUUUACUUCUUAAUUUGAUAAAUCAAACAAAAGAUAAUAAUAUUUUUGUCAUAUAUUCUAUGUUGUUGUCCUCUAUUCUACUUGCCAGUUUUAGUUGAGCCAAUAAUUUUGAAUACUGUAAAUGGGAUUAAAAUUUGCCACAUCUCCAACUAUUAUCCAUGAUGCCAAAAAGAGAAAUAUUAUAUUAUAAAGAAAGCAGAGUAGAAUUCAUCAGAUUGUAUAUUGCUUCAGAAAGAAGGCAACGUGACAGCAUCAUGCUACACUGUGCAAAUUUAUUAAAUCAAAUUAUACAAAUCACAAGGUAAGAGAUAGAAAUCUCACACAAGUUCAGUGUUGCAAGGUGUGAGAAGUUUAAGUUUUGUGCGGGAUAUCCUGCACAAUAAGUGGAGUAAGAGAAGAUUAUAUUGCAAAUUGAAAGCGUGAAUCCUUUAAGAACGUCCUCUAAUAUAUUUUGUUAAACAGCAUGAUAGGAAUGCUGAAACAUUGGGGUUGGUUAAAAUAUUAUAGAUAUUUACUGAAGGCUACAGCGAAUCCUUGUAAAGAUUAAAUGACAAUACCAAACUCAUCUAGUUUAAUACACACACACACACAUAGGAGAAGAUGAAUCAGCAAUGCUUGAUUUGAUAUUUACCCUAAAUGAGUGGAAUAUAAAGGAAGUCAAGAUGGAAGCACCCUUGGGAAUGAGUGAUCAUACUGUAUUGAACAUUGAGUACCUGAUAGAGCUAGGAAUUAUCUCCCCCAAAAAAGAACUAGGGAACAAAAGGCUGGCAUACAGAAAGGGAAAUUAUGAGGAG